UAUGAAAAGGCGGCGUGCGCGGGCUCUCGCCUGCCAAACGUAAACAUAAACGAGGCUGACCGCGCGCCUGCCGCUGCCAGAGGCGUUGAUUCCGCUGCGUCCGCCCUCUCCGCUAGGUGGCGCUGCCAUGAAUAAAGGCUUCGCCCGGAAGAGCCACACAUUCCUGCCCAAGAUAUUUAGGAAAAUGUCUUCCCAGCCCAAAGAGCGUCCCGAGAGCCUGCAAUUCUCCUUCCUGGACGACGACGAAACGAUCACGACUAUCCGGGAAUCGAAAACACUUUUUAUCCUUCGGGGUCUGCCUGGCAGCGGAAAAUCCACCUUGGCCCAGGCCAUCCAAGACAGGUAUAAGGAUGUUUGCAAAGUCAUCUCUGCUGACCACUACAAAAUCACACCCGCCAUCAGGAGCGCCAUUCCUGAAGAUUACGCCAAGGUGGAUGAGGACCUAGUUGACUAUUUGAAGCGCGACAUCGGCGUGGUGGUGAUGGACGACACCCACCACGAACGGGAGCGGCUAGAGCAGCUCUUCGACCUUGCUGACAAGUAUCGCUAUGAAGUCAUCAUAGUGGAGCCCAAAACAGCGUGGAAAUUGGAUUGCUUGCAGCUCAAGGAUAAGAACCAGUGGAAACUUACAGCAGAUGAGCUGAAGAAGUUGAAGCCUGCCUUAGAAAAGGACUUCCUUCCUUUGUACUAUGGAUGGUUUUUGAGCAAAAGGAGCUCAGAGAAUUUGCGCAAGACCGGACAGGCCUUUCUGGAUGAGCUUGCCAGUGUUAAACUCUUCAAAAAGGAGUCUAAUAAGCACUUUGGGGGAGCUAUCGAAGAUCCCAAGAUGAAAUUAGACUUGACCAGCUACUUUGUGAAAAGGCCUCCAGGUGUCUUGCACUGCACAACAAAAUUCACCGACUUUGGGAAGGCCCCGGGAUCAGAGGAUUACGCCCAGCAAGAGGCCGUGAAGUCAUCUUACGGAAAAGCCUUCUUCCUCACCAUCUCGGCCCUCUUCAUCACACCGAGAACGGCCGGGGCCCGCGCAGAACUGACCGAGCAGCAGCUGCUUCUGUGGCCAGGCGAUGUGGACGUGAUCCCGCCGGCAGGCAGCCUCCCCAAAGGCAGCCGGGCUCAUGUCACCCUGGGCUGCGCCAGCGGGAUAGAAAACGUCCAGACGGGCCUCGACCUCCUCGAAUUUGUCAAACUGGAGAAGGCCGGCAACAAAGGCGAGGAAGUUGGGGAGAUCGGAGGGGGGAAGCUUUUGUCCUAUGGGAACGGCAUGUGGAUGAUACUGCUUUCUAAAAAGAUUGAGGUGAGGGCCAUCUUCGGAGGGUACUACGGCAAAGGGAAACUGGUGCCCACCCAAGGGGGCAGCAAAAGGGGUUCGCCCUUCAAUGCCUGUGUGAUCAUCUAAGGGCCCUUCUUGCCAAAACCACGUUUUAUAUGAAGAAACAA